AUGAAUGGUCCAGCUGCGGCGCCUUCGGUGGAUUUGCCUCAUGUUGCCCCUGUGCCUCAUGUUGCCGCUACUUCUACUGCUCCUGCUGCGGCUACUGAUGCUGCUGCUUCACCCUUCGGAGCUCACGCUGCCUUACCGGCUACUGGUUUGCGUCCUUCUGCUCCUGCUGCCAUGGCAGCACCAGGUCCUACUCGCCGUAUCGACUAUAGCAAAUGGGACAAUUUCCAUUCCAGCAGUGAGGAGGAGGAGGAGCAGGAGAAGCGGAAGAAAGAAGGAAAACAGGGUAGUAGAAGCAAUGGUGGGGGGAAGGCCAAUGUCCACAUCUUUGCCUCCGGCGCUGCUGCCAGCGCCAGCACUUGGGUACCUCAGCUCGUUGGAACGCCAUGGGAUAGGUUGAGGUUUGAAAACGCUCAAGAGCUGAAGCGGGAAUCCCAAGAGUUGCCGGGGAGAGCGGGAAUUGUGGGAAGGCGGAAAGGAGAGGGGACAGAGAUGCCAGGAGCUGAGGAAGACUCAGAGAAGCUUCAGCUGCUGUGUCGGGACGACAUGGUUCACUACUUGGACGUGAGCGACGCGUGGGGCCUGGCUAUGUGCGAGUGCUGCUUCGACCGCGCUGUGAGCCAGCGCACACAGCACGCCCUCAUCAUGACGAGCCUGAAAAACUUUCGCUUCUAUGUGCGAUCGCAACAGGCUUCGUCCAUCCCGCUCGCUCCCAACCGCCAGGCCCGGGGUAUCUAUGAAUUUUCUAUAAAGGUUCCCCUGCCGGAGGCAGCCGCGCAGCUGGAGGCGUCCCCUCAUGGGCAAGCUCAUGCUGCAAAAUCGAAGUCCUAUCCAGCCAUUGUGACUGCGCUAGGGGCAGGCAGGCAGAAUGAGACGGACACCUUCGCUUCGAUUCUGGUUCAGAUCCUAGGAGUGAAAGAAACCGGGGAGCUGGAGGAAGGGUUUGGCAUUAUCAUGCAGAAUCUACUUUCAGGCGGGCUGGAGAAGGCGCAUGCAGGGAGGAAGGGGGGAGCAGGCAGGGGACUGAAGGAAGGAUCUGGAAGUUUCAUCCAGAAUCUGCUGUCGGGCGGGCUGGAGGAUGCACAUGCAGAGAGAAAGGGGAGAGGCGGGAGAGGAGUUGUAGGAGGAGCAGGGCAGAUGGAGAAGGAUGGACGUUUGGAAGGGACUUGGAGAAGCAUGGACGGUGGUGGCAAGGAUGGGAGGAAUGGGAAGGGUGGGCAGUGGAGGGAGCAUCUGAAGGGGCGUGUGUGGGAGGGGUAUGUGGAUGGCAUGGCUUGGAUUCUGGAGCACGGAGGGGGGGAAGGGAGGGAGUUCCGGUGCAGCCACUGCAGUGAGAGGGGGCAGCAGCAGCAGCUGCAUUGGCCAGAGUACUGCAAGGAAAGUGACUUUUACUUCCAGGACGGCAACAUUGCGAUCUUCACGUAUCGUGCUGCCCGCAUUCUGCAGUGGGCCCGCACCUAUGGGUCUGAAAUCGUCCCUGCUAGUCAGUGUUGCAAGGACAGCCCCCAGAGGAAGGUCCGGCCCAUGCGUCACCCGCUUCGGGACCUUCCGAGCCUGCUGGUCAGGCUCGGCACCAUACCCAAGCCUCUGGACCAAGGCGAGUUCCCUUUGGAGUGGGAAGAGUGGCCUCGUGGAGAUGAAGCCGUUGCAAAGCUUCCUGAUGACGUUAGUGCGAGAUGCUUCCACCUGGGGAUAUUGGAGGAAGCGAGUGGGACAGCAGAGGAGCGUGGGGCAGGAGAGAAGGGCGGACAGGGGUCAAUUGCAAGAGGCGAGAUUUGGACUGGGAGGGGGCAAGGAAGAGACAAAGAGAAGGGCAAGCGGGAGGGAAUGAGCAGCGGGAAAAGGGAAGAAGAGAGAAUCGGAGAAUUGGGGAGGAGCGAAGACGAGAGGCUGCUACAGCAGCUUCUCACCUGGCUGCUGCCGCUAGUGCAGAGGAAAUUUCCCAUCGUUCGCUGCACUGCCGAUGCCGAGCUGCGAGUCGGAGAGGAAGAGGACGGGAGGGUGUGGGAGGAGGUGCAAAUGUGGUGCCUGGCGAUGGAGUUUGCAUGGCAGGGCGGCAUGAAGCUCGAGGCUGAGGCAUUGCGUGACACGUGCAAGGGAAGAAAGGAGAAGGCCGGUCGGGAUGUAGGGGAGCAGAAGGAGAUUACGAGUAAGAAAUGGCUUGAGUUUUGGAAAAGGGCUGCCAUCCCGAGGGGGGAUGAUGGGACAGGCAAGGAAGGGGAGGAGCCAUCUUAUCUGAAGGCAUGGCCGGGGGGAGUCAAUCUGGUGGCAUGUCUGCGAGAGAUGCUGCUGGGGGAGCCGUGCUACCGCCGUGGCCCCCCUGCUGCCCCUUCCAUCCCUCCUGCCCCUUCCACCCCUGCUGCCUCUUCCACCCCUGCUGCCCCGUCCACCCCUGCUGCCCCUUCCACCCCCGCUCCCCCUUCUACCCCAGCUGCCCCUACCACCCCUGCUGCUCCUACCACCUCUGCUGCCCCUACCACCCCUGCUGCUCCUACCACCUCUGCUGCUCCUACCACCUCUGCUGCUCCUACCACCUCUGCUGCUCCUACCACCUCUGCUGCACCUACCACCUCUGCUGCUCCUAUCACCUCUGCUGCACCUACCACCUCUGCUGCUCCUAUCACCUCUGCUGCUCCUACCACCUCUGCUUCCUCGUCCACCCCUGCUGCCCCACCCACCGGUGUUGCGCCAAACCAUGCAAGUGCACCUGUUUCGGUUACAGGAGGCACUGGUUCUGCUGCUGGUGGGGAGCGUGUGUGCGGUGCUGUGAGGUGUGGGACUGUUGGGGGUGGUGGUCGUGUGAAGCUGAGGAGCUGCGGUGGGUGUGGCAAGGUGGCGUAUUGCAGCAGAGAGUGCCAAAAAGCGCACUGGCCCUCCCACAAGCUCACAUGCCUAGGCAGGAGCAACAGCAAGAAGAGUGGGACGAACAGUGGCAAGCCUUCACUCCUCUUAUACCUCCCACUCCUCUCACACCCCUCACUUCACUCAUACCCCCCACUCCUAUCACCCUCCACUCCUCUCACAUCCCCCACCCCUCUCACAGACAGCACUCUUUUCAUACCCCUCACUCUUCUCAUACCCAUCACUCUUCUCAUACCCAUCACUACUCUUACACUGCACACUCCUCUCAUCCCCCCCACUCUUCUUAUUCCCCCUACUCCCCUCUGCCUGCAGGCCUCGGUCAUCCCUUGA